AUGAGCAAGAAACUCAGAGCUCCGCCCGCCACCCUCGACGCGGAGUCGCGCCCAGCAAAGAGGAGAAAGACACACGGCCAUCGCACUGUCGACGACGAUGUCCCCACUCCCCAGGCUCAGGUUCAGGCUCCCUCCCCCUCUGCACUUUCCACCAGAUCCCUCCCCUCCCAUCGCAUCCCCACUCUUGCCUCUCUCUCCACCCGCAUCUUCGCGGAGAAUCUCCAACGUCUUUCUGCAGACAAGAACCUUUGGGACCAUGUUCGAUUCUGGCUCAAGGCCCUACCUGACGCUCUAGCGUCAAGGUACUUCUUGCGCGGCACCUCUGUCGCGUUCGAUGGCGACCUACCUGGUGUCAACAAGCAAACCCUCGCAGCCGUUCGCGACUCUCCUAUCCACGCCAGUCUAUCUAUGCUCGAAUUGAGCGACUUUUCAAAGGAGACCGAUAAAUUUCUCGCGUCUGUCAUUUUGAAGUUGCCGUCACUCAAAACUCUGAUUCUGCGCGGUUGCACAAAAGUUGGACAGUCGACCGCCGACGCGAUUGCAAAGUCCUGUUCGCAGCUCACUGUCCUCAACCUCAAUUAUACGUCCGUAACACCGAUUUCUCUGGUGCCUGUUCUCACCAGUUGCAGACACCUGGAGGUAUUGAAAAUCGCCGGUGUUCCAAAUUGGACUGACGCAGCGUUUGCUAAAUUAUGGGCACCCAUCUCUGCUAUCAAAGACUUUAAGCUCACGAAGUUGCGGUCCCUGAAGCUCCGCCAAACAGCACUCAGUGAUUCUGCUCUGGCUCCCUUCUUCGCGAUUUGCCCCAACCUCAGGCGAUUAGACCUAUCGUUUACACUUGUCCGACACCCCUCAGGUCUCGUCGCAGGCAAGUCACUGGAAAAGCUGGCACUGACAUCCACCAAGAUAUCCAGUCGCGAGUUGAUCGAUUCCGUUUCGGAUCGUCUGGAACUAAAAUGCCUCAAUAUCGCCAUGCUCGGCGGGGGACAAGGAUCCGCCGCGACCAUUUCGAACUCCUCGGCCAUGAGCAUGACUGAUCAGACACUACGCGACCUCACUGACGUUUUGGAACAAUAUCCGCUGCUCGAUAGCAUCAACUUGGUCGGAAACACGAAGCUUGGGAUUACUGGCAGUCGGAAUAGCGCUCUAGCUGACUUUAUACGUCGUAUAGGGAGAAGGUGCAAGGUCUUGAACUUGUCGAAUCUCACGGGCCUUCGGUCGUCUGAUCUGGAAGGGCUGCUCCCGCAGACUCCUGAAGAGAAUCCUGCGUCGCUACAGAUUCUGGUGUUGAAUAACACUGCUGUAGGGGAUGAGGCGGCGUCUUUCAUAUCUCAAUGUCCUCACCUGGAAUCUCUUGCCGUUGGCGGAACGCGAUUCACAGCUCCUGGCUUGUUCUCCAUAGUCGACGCUUGCCCCAGGCUGCAAAAGCUAGAUCUUACAAGCUGUCGUGGAGUUAAGGUUGGAGAUCGACGUCGAUUUUUUGAGGUAGAUUUCAAUUCCGUUCUUAAUUCAUUGCCGAAUUAA